AUGAUGCUCCGGUCCGCCCUCAUCGCUGCCGUAGCCGCCCUCACUUGUGGGCUUGCCUCUGCUCUCGAGACGUUCCAGCGCAAGCUCAUCUUCCAGCCGCCUGAUAACUACACAGACCCUCGUGUCCUGUACCCUCGCACGGUGCAGCUUAACGACAGUCGUCUCCUGGCAACCUGGGAGAACUACUCCUUAGAGCCCCCUCUGGUCUGGUUCCCCAUCUCCGAGUCUCUUGACGGCGGCCUCACGUGGAAGGAAGUCGGUCAGGUCCACGAUCAAGUCAACAACUGGGGCCUGCGUUAUCAGCCGUUCCUGUACGAGCUGCGCCAAGACUUUGCCGGCUACCCUGCCGGGACUGUUCUCUUGGCCGGUAACAGCAUUCCUACGGACCUCAGCGAGACCCAAAUCGACCUGUAUGCUUCUCAGGACAAGGGCCGCACUUGGGAGUUCCUCUCCCACGUCGCGCGCGGUGGUCGUGCCAUUCCCAACAAUGGAGAAACUCCCGUCUGGGAACCUUUUAUUCUCAUCUUCGAGGACGACCUGAUUCUCUACUACGCCGACCAGCGCUCAUCCGAGCACGGCCAGGAGAUCUCUCACCAGACCACAAAGGAUCUCAAGACCUGGUCCGACGUGGUGACCGACGUCUCCUACCCCAGAUACACCGACCGCCCGGGCAUGCCUUUCGUCACUCAGCUCGCCAACGGUGACUAUAUGUACACCUUUGAAUGGGGCGGCGCUGACAUCAUCCCGACCUACUCGUUUCCCAUCUAUUACCGCAUCGCAAAGGACCCCCGCAAGUUCGCCGACGCCACGGACCUCUACAUCAACAGCACAAACGGCGGUGUCUUCCCCAUCAAUAGCCCCAAUGUCGUUUGGUCUCCCGUCGGCGGCUGCAACGGCACCAUUGUCGUGUCAAGUAACAGCGCCCCUCUUUUCAUCAACCGCCGGGGCGGCGACCCGAGCGCGUGGGUUGCGUACGAUUCUCCCGAACCUGGUGCGUACACUCGUAACCUGCGGAUCAUGGAGGAGGACCCCGAUUACCUGCUCAUCAUGGGCGCCGGUGUCCUGCCUCCUAGCACUACCAACAAGGUUACUGUCAGCAUGCUCAAGCUUACUGAGCUUUUAGGCCUUGAGCAGGCAUAA